GUGGGGUGGGGCAGGUGCACAUUGUAGUGUCGGUCAGCUCAGUUCUGCAAGUUGAGCGGCCAUGCACUGUACGAGCAGAGAGACGGCAAGGGUGCUAGCAUCACUCGGUACUCUGGGGCUGGCGUUGGCUCUCUACGCAAACUCGCUGGCCGGGGAUUUCGUCUUCGAUGAUCAUUCAGCCAUACAAGUCAACCCAGACGUCAGAACCAACACCCCCCUGAGCUCAGUGUUCAAAAACGACUUCUGGGGACUCCCACUGUCGCAUGCAGAGUCGCACAAAUCCUACCGCCCACUGACAGUUCUCAGCUUCAGACUCAACCACCACCUCCACGGACUGUGGGCUCCCGGGUUUCAUGCAGUCAAUGUUGCAGCACACGCAGGAGUCUGCGUCCUCUUCUUCUGGGCUUGCUUGGGGCUUGGAGCAAGCUUGGCUCCCAGUCUGUCUGCUAGUCUACUGUUUGCGUCCCACCCCAUCCAUACAGAGGCUGUUGCCAAUAUUGUCGGUCGUUCUGAGCUAUUUGCAGCGAUAUUCUUCCUCUUGGCACUCAUAUCCUAUCAAAGAGCCGGCAGAAAAGACACCACUACACCCUCUGCCUGGAUAUUUCUAACUGUGGCUCUGUCUGCAGUUUCGCUGCUCUGCAAAGAACAGGGCGUGACUGUGCUUGGCCUGUGUUUGGUGCUAGAGGCUAAAAAUUUUCUACUGAAACCUGAGAAAAUUGUUCCAGUGCAGUCAAAAAACAGAAUAAGCUGGACAGGUCAUCUGUUGAGAUCAUCCGUUGUUCUCUCUGCGAUCGCCGCUCUCCUGUUCAUCAGAAUCUACCUCAUCGGCAGAGGCACGCCCACUUUUGUGGACUCAGACAAUCCUGCUGCAUUCUCGCCUCACUGGAAGACCAGAUUCCUCACUUAUUCCUAUCUCUGUGCACUGAAUGUAUGGUUACUGCUGUUGCCUUCACAACUAUGUCACGACUGGUCAAUGGGGAGCAUACCACUAGUAGAAUCGGUCGCAGAUUACAGAAUUUUGGCCUCUCUAUCUCUGCUAGCUGUUACUCUGACAAGCUGUACGCUUCUGGCACGCAGAGUGAUCAGCCACAAGAGGGUAAGAGAUUGUGGGUGGACGGAACUAUCACGGUCAUUCCAUGCUAUUAACAGUCAGGGAAACAAGAACCUUAACAACAAUAACACACUCACGGUUCAAAAAUUGACCCUCUUUCCCACCAAUACCAAGAAGAGACCCUCCAAUCUAUUGGAAUGGAAGCGGUGGGGACUUCGUUCAAAGUCUUCGGUUCUAUUACUGGUGUCGUUGUCAUGGGUUGUCAUCCCAUUCCUCCCUGCCUCCAACCUCUUCUUCCCAGUGGGGUUUGUGGUGGCUGAACGAGUCCUCUACCUCCCGAGUAUGGGCUUCUGUCUCCUGGUGGCUCUGAGCAUUAACUCCUUCAGGACCAAGACAAGAAAGAACCACGCAGCUAUUGCCGUGUCUCUCCUGGUACUUGUCUUCUCAGCGAAGACAGUUUCUCGCAACUCAGAGUGGGGGACUAGUAGAGGGAUAGUAACUGCUGCCCUGAAGACGUUUCCAGGAAAUGCCAAACUUCACAUGAGCAUGGGAAACAUACUGGCCCAGCAGGGGGACAGGAGAUGCGAGAUGUUCUACAGAAAUGCAAUUCGACUGAGGCCUAACUAUGCCUCGGCUUGGACCAAUCUCGGGCUUGUCCUGGUUAAUACAGAUCGUCCAAAGGAAGCAGAAGAAGCCUACCGCACGGCUCUCGCCCUCAAGCCAGAUCACCUCAACGGCAACACCAACAUGGGUCAUCUCUGUCGACUACAGGGUAGGUGGGAAGAAGCCCGUCGCUAUUUCACCUCCGCCCUCGCCAGGCGACCGAACUUGCCCACGCUACACUAUUUCUUGGGUGUGGCCAGCGAGGAAAUUGGAACCCAACGAGACAUAGAGGUGGCAGUUGAAGAGUAUGGACUGGCAGUGAAGUACAACUCACAAUACUGGGAGGCACACUAUAGACUUGGGAGACUGCUGGCUUCAUCAGACACAGCAACUGAAUCGACAACGACAAGAAACGAGAGGCUGAAAAAGGCAUUCCAUCACUAUCAAGCAGCGGCAAAUCUGAAACGUGACGACAAGAGAAUCACGAAUGAACUCGAAACUCUCCUAAAACUCCUGAACCAGACGAGUGAGGCUGGGAAGAACUUCAAUCAGUGAGACACACUUCCCCCCUCCGUCUCCUAAUCCAUCCACAGCCGUAGGCCUCAUACAUCACAGACGAAAACUCAAUAAAAAGUGAAGGAGAGAUGCUUGAACUGGAAGAACUAUAAUAUACGCCCCCUCUACCUCCUUGUCCUCCGAACCGUUUCCCCACCAAUAGUUGUGUAGCACCAACUUUCACUUGGCACGUUCUUUUCCUCAACACAAUACAGAUUCAUUGUUGUCAUAGCUCCAGUGAACACACACACAAACACAUGCACACAACACAAUGUGCUGUCUAUCUGACUGUAAGAUC